CAACAAAAAAAAAAAAAAAAAAAAGAACAAGGGAGAAAAGCAACUUUAUAAAUUGGAUUACAUAUGUUAAAAGCACACUAUGUCCCUACUUGGUAAGCGGUGCAUCAUCUCCGGCGGCAGCCGCGGCAUCGGACUAGCCAUCGCCCGGCUCUUCGCCGCCGAAGGAGCAACAUGUACUCUCAUCGGGCGGAAUCAAGAAGCCCUCUCCACAGCCGCCGAAUCCCUCCCACGCCAUAAUUCCCAGGACCACGAGACAGUACCUUUUGACGUUUCUAAUACAAAUUACUGGAUGAAGAUGGUGGCCGAUAGGAAGACUGUAAAAUGCGAUAUCCUUGUCAAUGCGGCGGGCAUCUCGCAAAAUUCCUUUUUAUUCAAUACUGCACAUGGCGAUGUGUCCAAGAUCAUUAACACCAACCUCACGGGUACCAUAUGGGGCUGCAAAUUUCUUGUACCCAAAAUGAUGAAACAAAAAGAAGGUUGUAUCAUCAAUGUAUCAAGUUUAAUGGCUAUUCACGGGGGACGGGGCGCAAGUAUCUACGCUGCCUCGAAAGCCGGUAUCGUUGGUCUAACCCGAUCCCUAGCCUGGGAGGUGGGAAGAUUUGGCAUUCGUGCCAAUGUUCUCUUGCCUGGAUAUAUCCAGACCGAGAUGACCGAAGGCAUGGACAAGAACGGCGAGCUCUCUACUUUGAUCCCCAUGGGACGUCUAGGUUUGGUCGACGAAGUCGCAGACGCCGCAUUAUUCCUAGCAAAAAAUAGCUACGCACACAAUUGCGUCCUCAAUAUCGAUGGGGGUUUAAGCGCAACGUGAAGUCUGUGAAGUUCGAUUGGUG